UUUGUGUACACACUGCAUUCUCAUAUUUAUAUUUCCUUUCUUUUCUCUCUCUCUCUCUCUCUCUCUCUUUUUAAAUGGUGUUUUCUCUUUCACCGCUUGCCAAUCUUUUUAAAAUGUCAGACACAAGUUCUGACAAUGACACGCAAGAUGACGCUUCAGCAUCUUCUGAUGUUCUCAUUAAAAAUAUUGUGCAGGAUCUUUUUUGCUACGAUACUGUCAAAAGAAAACGUAUUCUCGAAUUUUAUUUCGUCAAGGACGCCAUCAUGGUCACCCCGUUCAUGGCCGCUCGAGGAGUGCAAGAAAUCACAAACAUAUACGGUGUAUGGUCAAAUAUCAAUCAGAUAGAACCCACAAUCAACAACAUUGUCUUUGAUGGUCGCACGGCCGUCAUUCACUAUGUACAAAACAUUUGUCCCGCCGUGUUACCAACGACACGUUACACAUUGCGUAUUCCGGCCAUUACCACGCUGUACUUUAAAGAACAGGAAGGGUUGAUCAAGAUUUGUAAACAGCAAGACAGCUGGACCUUGGAAGGACUUGUCGAAGCGUUUCCAUUGGCAUCGGUAUGGUAUACCCGGUUCAUUCGUGUGUUGUUGGCCAAAGUGGCAGCAGUGGCAGGCGAUAUGUAUGAAGGAUCAUCGACGUGGCAAGAACACAUGUACUCUACAUCACAACAAGAGCAGGUCGUACUCGACAGUGCGAGCUGGCGAGAGUUUGAUCAACAGCAGCAAGAAGAGCGGAAAAAGAACAACAACGAGCUGGUGGAUGGCAUGAUUCUUUUGGAAGACAGCUAAUAAGAGAGGAUAUCUGACCCUGCUAACCCACCUACAUCCCAACCAUUUCUAUUAUCUAAUCGUUUGCCUACAUUCACCUAUGCGCACAAACAAUAACUUAUACUAGUAACUAGCUAAACAACAGCAACAGAAUUUGUAAUUUAAAACUUUGACACACAUAUACCUCUACUUGUCACUAUUUGUAUAUCUCUAUCCCUCUCUCUCUCACAAUUAUUAGUGGAGUGACUCACUCAUAUCUAUUCCUGAUAUCUAUACACUCUUCUAUAUCAUACUUAUUAUCUUUUUUAUAUAUAAAGCCUUUACUAUAUAUCCCUUUACUUAUCUGUCAUACCCAUUAAAAACAAUGUACCGUACAAAUUCAUGACAUAUGCGUCACUUAGAGGAAGACCACCCCAUUACUCUACACAUGAUGCGUUAUCGGUAG